AUGGCGGUCAGACCUUCUGCACCAGCCGGUGCCGUGGUGGCUGUGUCUCGCUCAGGCUCUUCCGGUCGAGUAGCCACGCCAGUCUUACCACCUCUUAAGCCUCAUAAACCAUUGUCACAUCGCCAAGCAUCCACUCAACAGAGUUCAGAACGCGUGCAGCUAGCGUCAAUGCCAGAGCAGGAAUCUUCCGACCUGGGAGACAUGGCCAGAUGGCGUCUCGUGUUCAGCACGCUUUUUCACGCUAACGGGUUAGCAGAAGAGGCGGUGGAGAUUCCUAGGUCUGGUCACGCAGGGAUUUCAGGUCAAUUUGAGACGGUGGAGGCUCUUGGUCAUUUCAGUGCGGAGGGUGAAGGCCUGCAGGGCACUCAUCAUGUAAGGGAUGGCGGCCUGCUUCCCCUAGUUUCCAUGACGGGAGAAGAGACAAGGAUGGAUGCAGAACAAGUUAACGGCAGAAAGUUCCCCCACCAGCAUGUACUGGGAGUUGCCACCUCUGACCCACCUGGAAGCACUCAGCUCCAGACCAACCUAGAGCCGAAGAAGGAUAGUGAGCUGAGGGACGACUACUAUGUGAAUGUGGGGUACGCCAUCAGAACACUUCGGGAGGAGCUGCCAACUCUCUUUUACCGGGACAUGACAUACGACAUCUACAGGGAGGACAUAACCUUCCAGGACCCAAUGAACACAUUCAAGGGCGUGGACAACUACCGCCUCAUCUUCAAAGCGCUGCGCUUCCACGGAAAGAUCUUCUUCAAGGCGCUGUGUGUGGACGUGCUGCGCGUGUGGCAGCCCAACGAGCGCACCAUCCAGAUCCGCUGGUCCGUCCGCGGCAUCCCCCGCCUCCCCUGGGAGGCCCACGGCCGCUUCGAUGGCACCUCGGAGUACAAACUCGACAGUUCUGGGAAGAUCUACUCGCACAAGGUGGAUAAUAUCGUGAUGAGCGACCCGCCGAAGUACCAGCCGUUGACGGUUAUGGAGCUGCUGCGUCUGUCAGGGGCACAGACCACCCCCACCAUUUCGUGCUCGUGCAGAGUCUCCCAGUCAGUUUCUUCUUCAGUGUCUCCUUUGGAGGGGUCUGGCGGGCCUGGUUUGCCGUCGUUUCAGCAGCUGUUGGCAGAAGGAGCGGUGUUUCUGGCGAUGGUUAGUAGGUUCACCUGGAUCAGGUUUUACUGCGCACUGAGUGGGACGCUUGCGCUGCAGAAGAGUAGUGGGGGAGGUGACGGCGAGGAGGAAUUGGCUGCUUCGUCAGGGUAG